CGCUCGGGUCCACAUCGUUACUCUCGUCACAUCAAGACGCAUUCAGGCAAUUAAAGGAGUGAUGCUUCACACUGCGAUGUUUACACCGUCAGCCUCCUCUUUCACAUCAGAAACGCCGGAGCUGCAAUGAAGGCAGGAGCCUCGUCCAUGUGGGCUUCAUGCUGUGGUCUGCUGAAUGAAGUUAUGGGUACUGGGGCCGUCAGAGGCCAGCAGCCAGGGUUUGGAGCCGGUGCUGGACCCUUCAGAUUUGCCCCCAGUGCGGGAUACUCCACAUACCCGCCCACCAGCUCAGGGAGUCCCAGUCUUGUAUGCAAGGCCUGUGGUCAGGCCUUCUCAGUCUUCAGGAGGAAGUAUAUUUGCUGCGACUGCAAGAAGAGCUUCUGCUCGUUGUGCUCCGUGCUUCAGGAGAAUCUACGCAUUUGUGCCACAUGUCAUUUGCUGAAGGCAACGUCCUUUCAGCGGCCGCGGCUCAUGCGCCUACGAGUCAGGGACCUGCGUCAGUACUUGCUGCUCCGUAACAUCCCCACCGACACCUGCAGGGAAAAAGAAGACCUGGUGGACUUGGUGCUCUGUCACCGAGGCAUUGAAGAAGAGGAGGACCCUGAAACUGGCAGCCUCCACUCACGUUCGCUGUAUACGCCGACCCCUUCCACCACGCAGUCAGCCUCAGAGCUGUCAGCUUUCGUCGCCUCUCAGGAGGAGCGGCUCAGCAGGAGUGAUAGCUCUGAUACCAAUCAGGAUAUAGGCGAUGCCACAUCUGUGUCUCUCCUCAACUUGGACCCCAGUGAACACACCCCUGAGGUUAGUCCUCAGACGCGACGUCGGGCCAGGGCAUCCCUCUCAGACAUCUCCAGCUUGAGGGACAUCGAGGGCCUGUCUGUCAGGCAGCUGAAGGAGAUCCUGGCCAGGAACUUUGUAAACUAUUCAGGGUGCUGUGAGAAGUGGGAGCUGGUGGAGCGUGUCAGCAGGCUGUACAGAGAGACGGAGGAGAACAGGAAAUCAUUGGAAAAUGUGAGCAGUACUGUAACCACAGUGGUGGCCUUCCCCCCUCCUAUCUGCAACGGUGCCAUCGGAGAUGGCGAGAAGGGCCCGCUGACGAUCCACGACGACAACCUCUGCAGGAUCUGCAUGGACGCUAUGAUCGACUGCGUUCUCCUGGAGUGCGGUCACAUGGUCACAUGCACCAAGUGCGGCAAAAGGAUGAACGAGUGUCCGAUCUGCAGGCAGUAUGUUGUGAGGGCCGUGCACGUCUUUAAAUCCUAAUAAACCCCUGCAACACCGCAGCACCUGCUUCAGAGCAGCAGCUCAGACUGAGACUGUACCGUGAAUCAACCAUGCAGCUCAUAACCUUUGAAUCCCCAAAAGACUUAUUUUGUGGAUGUUCCAUGUUUGUAUUCCCUAAAACUCACAUUAUUUGCACAUUGAAAUAUUAUGAGAGAUGUGUUUUUCUUAAGAAUUUGACUUCAGUUUCACCAGUGGGCAAAGCGUAGGAUCGUACCCUCCGAUGAGUCAUUCCUCAAGUAAACAUAUCUCUAAUCUGUGUUCAUUCCUAAGUGUCUGUUUUGCUUUUUCUCGCAAUUUUUCAAAGCAAAGAAUGUGUGGCACUCAGCCGCGUGCAGUCCUGUUAAACACAACUCAUCACCUUCAGAUCUGCCUAUAAACUGUAGCUUAAGAGCACCUCUCUUUACAACUGCUGCAAGCGACUACAUAUCUUAGUAACACCGAGGACAGGUGCACACCUGACCUGACCACAGCAGAGAGGGUGAGUAAACAAGGUGCCAAAUAAUGGGUCAUGCCCUUAUGCUUCUCACCCAUUUUUUUCCCCUCUCGACUGUGUGAGUCAGUGUGCAGCUGUUAAUUUUUCAGCAUGUUUUAACAGAAAGCACUUCGUUCACACUGUGUGUUAACGCACCACGACUCACAACCCACUGAAAACUAUAACCAGUAAUGGUAGCUGAGGUAGCAUAUGGACAAAUACUUGUCCAAAUUUAAAGGUUAAUUUAGGUAUUUUUCAAUCAGGACCCCGUUUUCCCAUGUUUUGUGUCUAAAUGACCAGUGGAAACAAGAGUUUUUCAAAAUUGGUUCAAUAUUCAGUGAUGGAAAAGCAGCCGUCAGCAGGCUGCAAUGUAGCCACCCAAGGCAUCCACUGUCCAUUUCGUCCACUAAAAGUGUUCGCGUUUGCACUGACAGGCUUAGAUUGUUCAAAAAGUGUUGACAAAACCACAAAAGGGAUCCCUACAGAGAUAGACCUCUUGGUUAAAGAGUGAGAUCCUUUUUGUGUAACCAAAAAAAGCCCCUAAAAAGCUAUCGCAAAACCUACCAGAUUCCAUAGAAAUUAAUAGUAAUUUAAUCAUCAUAAACUACAUUUAAAGUCAACAGAAACAAAAUAAAACUCAUAAAACUGUCUUGGUUCAUCAUUCCACUAUUCUGACAAUUGCCAACUCUGGUUUAGCUGAAAUGAACCCAUAAUUCACUCAGUUAGAUGUGAAAAUAUGCUGACUCUAUACAAGCUCAAAACUGUUUAUUUAAAUGGAGUUUGGUGGCUUUGGUGAUAGCGAUGUUUCUGGAUCUUGCUCUUUAAUAAAAAGGUCUAUCUCUGUAUAAUGUCCAUAAUGUCCAAUAUUUAGAAUAAUAAUAUGAGCCUGUCAGUGGCAAAAAAAAACUAUUUUAGUGGAAGUAAAUUGACAAUUCAUAAUUGCCCUGAGUUGUUACAUUGCAGCCUGUUUUGCUGCAGCCGGCUGCAGUUCUCUCGCUCAAUACUGAACCAGUUUUUAAAAAUGUUGUUCCCUUUAGUUACUUUGACACAAAAACAUGGAAAUAGUCCAAGGUUGAAAAAUCCCAAAGUUACCCUUUAAGCUUGAGGGAUUAAAUCUGGAAGGCAACUAACUUUGUUUCUGUCAGGGAGAAAAGGUGAAAUCACUGAUCUUGUGUUUCUUUCAAGUUAAAGUGUUACUCAGCACACAAAUGGGCAGCGGCUCUGUCGUUGUGGCUCGAGGAUUUUGCUGAUUGAUAUUAGUGAUUUACAAUGAAAUCGAUGCAUUAUUAAUUAUAAUCACUUAUUUUGUUAUAGAUGCGUGUUAUAUUACUGCAUUACACAUUUAAAUAGUCAUACAAAGUCUGUCAUUACAGCAAUAGCUAACAUCCGCUGUCACCUCUGUGUCUGCACCUUAGUGGAGACAAAAGACAAAAACCGGUGCUAACUCAUCCAACCACCAUCCCCAUUUUCCAGCUGAACUGUGGAUGUGAAACUAUGAAUGUUUUUUUUUGUUUGUUUGUUUUGUUGUUUAUUGUCAUGAGUGGAAUGAAGUGUCUUAAUGCUUUUUGGUUGAUUUUUCCCUCAUGUAGGAGUAAUGUAUUGAACUAACUAUUCAAUGACUUAGCUUUGAGUUUACUGACACCUGUGGUAUAGAAAGUAUAUAGAAAUAAUGACUUGCUAAUGUACAUUUGCAUAUAAUGAUCCAUAUGAGAUGUAUAUAUCUAUAUUUUUUCCAUUUGAUUUAAAUUGUGUAAUAUCAGAUAAUUGAAAUGUCCCUGGGAUUGGGUUAGUUUAUUAUUACAGAGUUCUGUUUUCAUGUCAAGUGGUUAAAAAAGUGUUUGAUCUGCAUAGGUUUGCUUGAACUUAUUGUCCCUCUUGAACCAGAGCAUGACAAGAACCUGUAUGACACCAGUUAUGUUAUUCCUCUCAUCUUCACCUAUAAAACUUCCUGUUUUAUUUUCUCUCGCCCUAUUCCUGCUCAUUUAGAAGAAUCCGGCUCUUAACUGUACCCACACAAAGUCAACAUUGCUGCUAUUACAGUAAAGAUGUCCCCAACAAUCAUGAACAGUAGCGGAGCAGGUUGCACUUUUCCUUUAGAGAGGGUGUAAUUGUGUGCAAGGUUUGGUCUUUGUAUUUGGGAAUGUUGAACUUUUUAUUUUGGUAAUUAAAGAUUUUAAUUAAAGUCUGUUUUUUAUA